UCCCUUAGUUAGCUUUGCCAGCUCGACGCCUCUGCUAUAUCUAAACCAUUUAGCUGCCACUGCUGUGCCUUUCUAGCAGCGUUUAUAAAGUAAAGCACAGCCUUAAUGUGCCAUUGCAUAUAGAUGAGCUGUCAACCAGUUUGAGCUAACACGGUGACGUAAAUACCAAAGGAGACCUUGAGCUCUCUUCCACCUGAUACAGGACCCACAGGACCAAAGCACGGAAGAAACCUACAGCUCCAGGGAUAUUGCGAGUUACUCAUUGUGCAAGAAGCAGGGCAGCCUUUUCUCUCUUCUGUGGCCAUUCUUACUGCUUAGCAAACAAGACUACUUUGUCGAUAGAGGGAAUGUUCAAAUACUUCCGGAAGCGCUUUGCCAGCCAUCUGACGGAACGCUGUCGCCGAAGAGCAAGGCUGGUAUCUAAAGAUGGAAGGUGUAACAUAGAGUUUGGGAACGUGGAAGAACAGUCACGGUUUGUCUUCUUGAUUGAUAUAUGGACCACCAUCCUGGACCUAAGAUGGAGAUACAAGAUGACCAUCUUCAUCUCAGCAUUCUUAGGCAGUUGGUUCCUAUUUGGUCUCCUUUGGUACGUUGUGGCAUAUAUACAUAAAGAUCUUCCUGAAUUCAGUCCUUCCAUAAACCACACCCCAUGUGUGCAGAACAUAAACGGCUUGACCUCUGCUUUCCUGUUCUCCCUGGAAACCCAGGUUACCAUUGGCUAUGGCUUCAGGUAUGUCACAGAGCAGUGUGCCACUGCCAUUUUCCUGCUGAUCUUCCAGUCUAUCCUUGGGGUCAUCAUCAACUCUUUCAUGUGUGGCGCUAUCUUGGCUAAGAUUUCUAGGUCCAAGAAACGGGCCAAGACCAUCACCUUCAGCAAGAAUGCGGUCAUUAGCAAACGAGGCGGCAAGCUGUGCCUCCUUAUCCGGGUGGCCAACCUUAGGAAGAGUCUACUGAUUGGGAGCCACAUCUAUGGGAAGCUUCUGAAGACCACCAUCACUCCAGAAGGAGAGACUAUCAUCUUGGACCAGGUCAACAUAGACUUUGUGGUGGAUGCUGGCAAUGAGAACCUCUUCUUCAUCUCCCCCUUGACUAUUUACCACAUCAUUGAUAAGACCAGCCCGUUCUUCCACAUGUCAGUGGAAACCAUCCUCCAGCAGGAUUUUGAGCUAGUGGUAUUUUUAGAUGGUACAGUGGAGGCCACUAGUGCUACCUGUCAGGUCAGGACAUCCUAUAUCCCAGAGGAGGUACUCUGGGGCUACCGUUUUGCUCCCAUUGUGUCCAAGACCAAGGAAGGGAAGUAUAGAGUAGACUUCCACAACUUCAGCAAGACCGUGGAAGUAGAGACUCCUCACUGUGCCUUUUGCCUCUACAAUGAGAAGGAUGCUAAAGCGAAGGCAAAGAGAGGUUACGACAACCCUGGCUUCAUUCUAUCAGAAGUCAAUGAAACCAGCGACACAAAAAUGUAGCUCUGUAUGCACAUGGGACUGGGGCAUUUUUUAUCGUAACACAAACUCAAUACGGAGGUGCCCAAUAACCUAGUAGCACAGAAGAAAAAUGAACAGGGCUGUUUUGACAUGAAAAUAGCUCCUGAUUUCUCAAAAGAAUUAAAUCAAAGCAGACCACCACACCAGUGAUCUCCGAGAGGCUAUUUAACUGCAUUAUAUAUAUAUAUAAAUAUAUUUUCAUAGAAUAUAUAUUUUUUAUACCUAUGGGAUGUUCAUUUAAGCUGCUAAAUUGGAAUGUCCGACUCACACAAUUAAGUUCCCAAAUGCAUUUGAGCCAUAAGCAAGUCUGACAACAUGCCUUAAAAGAAGAGACACAGGGAGGGCUUCAGAUGUGCUGAAGAGGAGCGGUUCUUGGGAUGAAAUGUGAAAAGAAGAGAUAGGUAAAAAAUCGUCAAAAGUGCCUAAAGGUACAUCAACAAUCCCACGUGGCUCCCUAGUUACAUACUAGGGCAGUUGGGAUUAUUUGAGCAGAAUUACUGCAUGUACAUCUACCCAAGCUGGUAAUUACACCUCCCAGCUACUGUGUAGACAUAUCCUAAGUGGCAUAGGAGCCUAAACCCCAUUUUCAUAAUUGAAAUCAAUGAGAGUUAGGUGCCUAAAUACUUUUGAGGAACUGGGCCAUAGAGCUUAUGUCCCACUGAUUUUCUCCUAGUAGCCUAAGUCACUUUUGAAAAUGGGACAUAAGUUCCUUAGAAAAUUUGACCCCAGGAUCUCUUCUUUCUUUCUUUCUCUGUUUGACUCUUCUUAAUCUAUUGUAGUGAAGCCUUAGUAGGUUCUAGUUUCUUGGAAAGCUAGAAGCAAAGGAAAAGUUUGGGUCAUGAUGAUGUAUUUAGAGCUGGCGAGAAAAUUGAAUUUCCUUCCCAUGAAAUAUUCUGAUUUUGUGGAAGAAUAUUUUUUGUCCCAAAUCAGAACAAAAUGUCAAAAAUUUAAAUUUUUUUGCAGGAGGAAAAAGUCUGAAAAAUUCCAUUUUGGGAGAACCAAACCAGAAUUGUUUGCCUUGCUCCCAGCUGGCUGACUCACUCUCAUAGGACUUCCCAGAAAGCUGACUGCGUGGCAGGUCAGGUGGCCCCAUGAGGCAGCUGUCCAGGCAAUCUGGGAGCUGGGGAAAGACAGGGCUGGCAGUAAAAAUGGUUUGAUGGAAUUGAAAUAUUCAUGGAGAACGUGUUGAUUCCUUGGAAUCUGCUUUUUCUGAUGAAAAAUUGUUCCAUUGUACAUUUUUUUGAUCAGCUUUAGAUGUAUCCUUUUAAGAAAAAAGAUACUUUAUAUGCAAAACAAAAAUAAAAUAUAUUAUUCUCUGAAGCAUGAUAGGACUUUGCCUACAACAUUAGCAAUGAGGAUGCAGAAACACUCAAAAUUGAAUUUUCUAAAGGCUGAAACCAACUGAAUAAUAAAUAAAUAAGUCAACUGAAAGAUUCCCAUUGACCUCAAUGAGCUUUGGAUUAAGCCAUAAAUCAUACAUCCCAUUUAUGCAAGCAAAACAUUCACAGGCAUGAGACACUGAGCUUUCAAUCAGUAACAAUCAGGUACGCAAAGUAUGUUGAGCAUAGCUGGUCAAAAUUUUUCUAAUUUUGAUUUUUCAGUGAAGUUUGAAACACCAAUGAGAAGUUUCAGCUAACAUUUUGUGAAUUUUUCACCAUGCCCUCCUUGUUUUUUCAACUGAGUUCUACUGUUGAGUGUCCAAAUGAUGGACCAAAGAGGCGUGGGUGAUCCUGGGGCUUUUCCCCAUCAGUUUAAUCAACACAAGUCCAUGUUGAACAUGGUUAUGAUGCAAAUGACAUGCUAAAUGCUGUUUGCAGUGUCGAUGUAGCCGCAUUGGUCCCAAGAUAUUAGAGAGACAAGGUGGGUGAAGUAAUAUUUUUUACUGUGCCAACUUCUUGUCUCUUUCACCAACAGAAGUUGGUCCAAUGAAAGAUAUUACUUCAUCCCCUUCGAAAUGCUGACAGAUCUGAACAGUUUGAAUGGAAAAGGAGAAUUAAGCAGGCAAAAUUACAAGAAUCAUACUGAGAGUUAUUUUGAGAAUGAGUGGGAUGGAGCGUAGUGUAGAGAUCUGGGCAUAGGACAGGGAGCCAGGAACUCUCAUGUCCCAAUCUCAUUUCUCAUAGCAACUCUUUCUUUGGCUUUGGGCAAAUCACUUUAACACAUACUUUGGGGUCUCUACCUGUAAUAUGGGAUGACAGUACUCACCUACCUCCCAGGGGUGUUGUGAGGAACAAUUAGUUAAUGCCUGUAAAGCAUUUGAAGAUUAGUCAGCCCUAAGUAUGAAGAGUGACCAACCCUUCAUUGUAUAUUGUCUCCACUCCUUCACCCACCCACCCACUACUUCUUUUCUUGUGGGCAGAAGGGUUAGCAUUGCUACUCAGUGCAGGUGGAUACAAAGAGAUGUUUGUUUUAAUGUUGUGCGUCCAGAUGCAACAGUGAUGAGCACACUGUAAGUUAUUAAAAUAAAUGUCAUAGAAGACAG